GCCGACCAUUCAGUUUACAUGCGGUUUGACUCGCGCGUUGUGCUGUUUGACGUCGACAUUUCGUUUCGUACUCGCGCCACUCAUUGUCACAAUAAUAUAAAUAUUAUAUCGUUCACGAUAAUAAUACUAAACGUAUAUAACAAUGCGUAAUCGUGUAUUUCUCUUCAGUACCAGUUUCGUAUCGUAAAAUAUUAAAUCGUACACAGUUGCUCGUUCGAUUAUUGUACACCGCGAUUCCGAUUCGUUACGUUUAUUUUUUAUUAUUCAAUAAGCUGUUGCUAUCGUAAUUUUUUGACGACGAGCAAGCGCGGCAAACAGUACUUGAUACAUUUCAUCGGACGAUAUCAUCAUUACCUGUAACAAUAUUAUUAAAUAGCAGCAGCAGACCGGGCCAUACGCGUUUAUUUCGUGCGUUUAAUGUAAACAACAUCUGAAUAAUAGGACGAUAAAUAUUAUUAUCAUAAUAAAAAAAAUUUUAAAAAUGGUAGAAUUUUUCGUCCGAACAAUGGUUAUCUUCAUCUUCGAACAAACGACUGAAACAGCGUAAAUCCUCGAGCAUCGGUCGGCGUCGUUGUGUGAUAUUCUGUAUAUUUUGUUCGUCAACGCUACAAGAAAAAUAGUCAUAAACUAUGCAAAGUAUUGUAAUCGAUUAUGCAGUUUUUCUACUGCUGAUUGGGUUGUCAUUCGCAGUAUUAAUUUAUAGUAAAAUAUCCGGUCCCAAAGAACAGACGAAAGCAGACUAUGUGUUCGCAUCAAAAGGGUCGGUUUCAAUGGGAGCGAUGCUCCUAUCCAUUGCACGCGGAUUUCUGGGUGUCAAAGUCUUCCUUGGGUAUCCGUCCGAAUUUUAUUAUAGAGGAAGCGGAAUGUGGGAAACCCUGUACGGAAUGUCCUUAGCAUUCCCUUUGGUUUUAUAUUUUUUCCUACCAGUAUAUUUCAAUCUCGGGAUUACUUCAGUUUAUCAGUACUUAGAUAUGCGAUUCAAAUCAAGACUUGUGAGGAGGCUUGCGUCUGCUACAUAUUUUAUUAGAAGCAUACUUAACCUUGGUGUAACAGUUUUCACACCGUGCGUUGCCUUAAAAACUGUGAUGGGAUUGCCUUAUUGGUUUUCAAUCAUCUUAAUUACAUCAAUUGCCAUUGUUUUCACAUUACUGGGAGGUCUGAGAUCAGCUAUUCUUGCAGACGCCGUACAGAGUUUAGUGAUGAUCGGUUGCAGCAUAAUUAUCAUUAUUCAUGGAUUCUUUAUAGCUAAAGGUCCAUUGAAUGUAUAUGAGGUUACCAAGGAACGGGACAGGCUGGACUUUUUCGAUUUUAAUAUGGACCCCACAAUUCGUGUGUCCACGGUGUCUGCCACUCUUGGUCAGCUUUUUAUGUCGCUUUCGAUGUUUGGAUGCCAACAAAAUUUCGUUCAACGCUACUUUAGUAUGGACUCUCAGAAACAAGUUGAAAAGGCUUUGUGGCUGACCAUACCGUUAAUGAUAUUCCUCUUCAGUCUAUCAUGGAUUGUCGGUAUGGUGAUAUUCACGGUGUACGCCGAUUGCGAUCCUCGAGCACUUGGGUAUAUAUCGGAGAUCGACGAGAUCAUACCUUUUUACAUUGAAGAUAGAUUUUACUUUUUGCCGGGCUUCAUGGGACUCGUAUUGGCCAGCUUGUUCAAUAGUGGACUCAGUAUAUUAGUGUCCAAUUUAAAUUCAAUUUCCACGGUUGCUUGGGAAGAUUUUAUCUCUCAAAUACCAAUAUUCAAAGGUGCCAGUGAAAAGAACCAAUUGUACUGCAUUAAAAGCAUAAGCGUAAUUACUGGUUUUAUAGUCAUGGGUAUUGCAUUUAUUGUCGCCCAAUCUUCAGGUGUUAUUGAUGCUUCGCAGCUAAUGACAUCCGCAACUAGUGGACCUCUUUUAGGAGUUUUUGUUUUAGCUAUGUUUUUCCCAUCAACGAAUUGGAAAGGUGCUGCUGCCGGUAUGAUAUCGAGUCAUUUGAUGACCCUAUUUAUUGUACUUGGAUCAUUGUCCAUCGCCAAACAACCUAAUUAUCUGCCAGUGUCCACUGAAGGGUGUUCGAACACGACGUUCUCGCCACACAUCGAGCCAAUUUUUGAUGUACAGUAUAAUAAAUACAAAAUGAGUUUUAUGAACAAAACCCACAACGGCAUUUCCAGUGUCCUGUCAACGCCCGAAGUAGAAUCGUCCUCCACAGACGAUAUUCUGACAAUGUUGUACUCGAUAACGUAUAUGUACUAUUCACUAAUGGGCACAUUUGUAACAGUCUUCGUCGGUGUCAUAGUCAGCUACGUGACAGGUAAAAACAAAACAGAUACCAAUAAUUACAUUCAGAUCAAUUAAAAUGUACGAUUUAUUGGCGAUUACAUAUUUCGUGCACCGUGCUAUUGGUGAUGAUGUUUACUUUAUAUUUAUACUUAUAACUCAUUAAUUGAAUGAAAAAACAUUAAUUAUCUAAGUUAUUUUUGAAUAUUAUUAUCAAAUAUGUUUGCUUGAUUGUUGUCUAUGUUAUUUUCAUGUUUAUAGAACCAUUAAAUUUGAUCUGAAACAAAAAGGUUUUAUAUUAAAAAACUAAAGUCGAUAAUUAUUUUAACUUGUGACAUUAUAAUUAUAUCGUAACUUUUUUACCUGACACAAAACAUCUAUCCCAUUAAAAUAUAAUGGRUGAAACGAAUAUUCGCAUCUUACCCACUGUAUUGAUAAGUAGUAACAUUAUAAUAAUAUUACGAGAAUUACAAUCAAGACAAAGUAAGAUUUCAUAUUGAAAUGAUAGAUCAAUCUUAGAUAG